AUGGCCGCGCUCAAGAAGAGGGAGGUGGCGGGCAGCUUCAUCUUCAAGUUCCCCGACGGUGACGCCAGCCGCCGGCCAAAGGUGGCCUUGUUCAAGCGCAGCGGUGCCGUCAGCACCUACCAACACAAAUACGCUCCCAUCGCCGGCGGCGUCGAGGCCAGUGAUGCGUCCCCCCUCGCCACCGCCUGGCGUGAGAUUGGCGAGGAAACCGGCUUGACGCCCUCGUCCUUGCGCCUCUUCCGCCAGGGAAAGCCCUACUCCUUCGGCGACCCCUCGGUCGAGCGCGAGUGGACCAUCAACCCCUUCGCCUUCAUCCUCGAUGCCGAGCCCGCCGCCGAGGCACGCAUUACCCUCGACUGGGAGCAUGAGGGCUUUGCCUGGUUCGAUCCAGCGGACGUCGAGGACGACACCUUCCCGGGCGUGCCCCGUCUGCGCGAGAGUCUGCGCCGCGUGUGGUUUGAGCUCGACCUCGGUCACGACGCCGGUACCCUUCUCGGCCGCGGCCUAAGGGCCCUGCAGCAAGAUCACGAGAGCGGUGCGAGGCUGCUGGCCGACAAGGCGCUCGGUCUCUUCGUCGACGUCCUGCCCCGCCUGGAGGCGACGCCUACCAAGGACGCCUGGUGGCGCACCGUCCGCACCGUCGCCUGGCAUAUCUGGAAGAAUGGCCGCGAGAGCAUGGGCGCCCCGAUCUUGAACGCCCUCCUCGCCGCUCUCGCCGUCAUAGAGCGGAAACUACCUGCCGGUCAGGUGCUCCCCGGCGGCUUCGUCGACACCCUUCUCCCCUCCGUCAAGGACCUCGUCCAACAAGGGCGAGAAGCCAGCACCUGCAUCGCCACCUCUUUCGCCACCUUUCUCCGGACGCAGGUGUCGGCAGGCGCCGAUCGGCCGAUCCGGAUGCUCACCCUCUCAUCCAGCGGAACCGUCACGGCCUCCCUCGGUCACGCUCUCGCCUCGGCCGAGUCGCCUCUGCACAUCCGCAUCCUCGAGUCACGCCCACUCUUUGAAGGCACCCAGACAGCCCGCCAUCUCGCCCCCGCCCUCUCGCCUUCGUCGAGCAAGAUAUCGCUCUACGCCGAUGCCGCUGCCGGAGUGGCCGCUAGGAACGCGCAUGUAGUCCUCCUCGGCGCCGACUUGAUUGACGGCGCCGGCAACGUCAGCAACAAGGUCGGCUCGCUGCCCGCCGUCCUCGCCGCUCGCCAUGUAUCCCCCGCCGUCAAAGUUGCCGUCCUCGCCGAGAAGGCCAAGAUACUUCCGGUGGAGAGGCCGGUCCACGAGGAGGAGAAUGACGCGGCCGAACUGACAAGGAGCUGGGAUGGAACCGUCGCGGCAGACGUUCAUGGGGAAGCCGUCGACGUCAGGAAUGUGUACUUUGAGUGGGUGCCUGCCGCAUUGAUAGACUGCUACAUCACCGAAGAUGGCAUCAUGACAAGGCAACACAUGGAGGCGGCGGCGGCAGACGCCAAGCGGAGAGCGGACCGGUUCUUUGCCGACCUUUGA